AUGACUGCCCACACCUGGUUAAGGCAGAUACUCUGCCGCCUAGGAGUUGCCCCUGGUUGGCAAUUCGUGGAUGUGCUGGGAUUGGAUGAAGACAUUUUGAGCACCGUGCCAAGCCCAGCUUGUGCGCUGCUUCUGCUGUUUCCCCUUACUGCUCAGCAUGAAAACUUCCGGAAAAAGCAAAUUGGCGAACUGAAGGGCCAAGAAAUUAGCCCAGAUGUGUACUUUGUGAAACAGACGGCGAGUAACUCCUGUGGAACCAUUGGCCUCAUCCAUGCAGUAGCUAAUAAUCAAGAUAAGAUUCGAUUCGAUGAAGGAUCUGCCUUAAAAGAAUUCCUGACUGCAACAGCUGGACUCUCCCCAGAUGAGAGGGCAAAACGUCUUGAGAACAACAAGGCCAUUCAAGAAGUCCAUAAUGCGGUAGCACAAGAGGGCCAGUGUCGGGCUGAAGACGAUAAGGUGAACUUCCAUUUCAUUCUAUUUGCCAGCGUGGGCGGACACCUCUAUGAACUGGAUGGAAGAAUGCCGUUCCCCAUAAAGCAUGGAGCUAGUUCAGAUGCCACCAUGCUCAAGGCAUCAGCCGAGAUCUGCCGACAAUUCACCAACCGUGAGCAAGGAGAGGUGCGUUUUUCCGCCGUGGCGCUGUGCAAGGCCGCUUGAAAUUUGGCAACCUGAAAUAACAUCCUCAGCCUAUCACUGGAUGUAGUCCCAGCCUUUAGGGCUUUAGCACUUAUGUUUAAAACUUUGAAAAAGAGAGGGGGG